UGUCCUGGUGAACUACACCAGACCAGGAGACUUCAUCAUCGGUGGAAUAUUCCCACUGCACCAGGAUAACACCUGCCGAGCGGGUAUGAGAAGCCAUAUUCUGGAGAGAGUCCAGACGAUGGUGUAUGCUCUGGAGGAGAUCAAUGCCAACGAUGACAUUCUCCCGAACGUUACUCUGGGAUUUGACAUCCGUGAGUCCUGCUACAUGGAAGAUGCUGCCCUGUGGUCUGCUUUGUCGAUUCUUGGCGGGCACGAACCGAACGGGAUCCACGCGGUCACUACAGGAAAUGCCUCGCGAAGUCGUUUGAUCGGAAUCGUCGGCACGAGCCGGAGUACCACCAGCAUCGUGGCGGCAAAGGCUACUAAUCUAUAUGAGAUACCAAUGAUCUCCGGCUACGCUACCAGUGACGAGCUGAGCGACAAAGGAAGGUUCCCGUACUUCUUGCGUACUGCCCCGCCGGACAAACUCCAGGCGCGUGCUAUCAUCGAUGCACUGCUCCGGUUCAAGUGGUUUUAUGUAGGGGUGAUGUAUUCCGUCGAUACCUACGGUAUAAGAGGCACGCAGGAACUAUUGAAUCUUGCAGACAAGAAUGGCAUUUGCGUGGCUUUCUCAAUAGCUGUUCGAAAAACUGCCACAGAGACUGAAAUCCAGGAGGCAGUGUCGAAGAUCCUGCAGUUUGACAAGGCAAAAGUGUAUGUCAUGUUUGGCGGCUAUGAAGGAAUGUACAGAAUCUUGCAGGAGUACCAUAAGAUUAAACCGACCGAGAAACUCACGCUAGUCGGCAGUGAUACAUUCGCUUAUUUUGAAGAACAUGGCUUGCAGGACAUGAGUCUAGGGAACCUGUUCUUCACUUUGAAUUUCCGUCAGGUCCCGGGGUUCGACAGGUACUUCAAUGACUUGGUGGCAUCUAGUAUGGAGAACCCAUGGUUUGCUGAGUACAAGGAACUGUGGAGAAGGGAGCUUGGAUGUUCUGAUUUCAGUAACUGCUACAUUCCUACGAGUAACCGCUCCAGUCCAGCCUAUCACGCUGUGUAUGCAUUCGCACAUGCUCUGGAGGACAUGCUGAGAGCACGCUGCGGAGUUUCCUUUGCAAGUCCGGACUGUGAGCUCUUUCGAAACGGGAUCAGCGGACGAGAGUUUCUGCCCUUCCUUCUGAAUGUGACCUUCCAAGGGAUAGACGGCCUCUUCAGGUUUGACGAGAAUGGAGACCCGGAAGGCACGUACAACGUGGAUAGUUUCCGCAACGGGGAGUACUACCAGGUCGGAAGCUGGGACUCGCGUGGAGCCGACCAUGAAUUCUCCAUCAACGAAUGGGACAUCCGGUGGCCAGACGGAGUGGGGAAGCCAACAUUUUCUCUUUGCAUCGAGGACUGUCGCCCGGGAUACAUUGUGGUACCACUGGAGAAGAAAUGCUGCAAAGGCUGUCAAAAGUGUGCCAGUAACGCAAUCGUGAGAGACGGCGUGUGCGUUCCCUGCGCCGGGAGGUUCUGGCCAGACGAGGACACUUUCACUGAAUGCCAAGAGAUCGAGGCUUCAACGUUCGCAGUGGACGAAGCCUCCGUUCUGGUCAUCCUGGCUCUGAGUCUGGUCGGUAUCUGUUUUUCAUCUCUAAGCUUUGCCGGGAUGACCUACUACCGCAACCACGCCCUGAUCAAAGCAACCAGCAGGGAGCUGAGUUUCAUCUCCAUCCUGGGCACCAUGCUUGCUUUCUUCAUCCUAUUUGCCUUCUGCCCCGUCCCACUGCCGCUUCCUGCGCCAUCUCUGAGCAAAAGGUCUACCAAACCUCCGAGGCUCGUGCGACCCAAGGACCAGCUGAUUCUGUCAGCUGUACUCAUCUCCGUGCAGCUAUGUAACUUUUUGGUACAUGCCAACCCAAGCGAUACAAAACCACUGCCCUCUUACUCAUAUAAGAUCUAUUGUAAUGCACUGAUGAUUUCUAAUUCUGGUCUUCAAUCGUUUCAGAUUAUCAUCGUCAUAAUAUCGGUCAUUGCCAGCCCGUCCAGACCAGAGUAUCUGAUCCCGAGACCCCAAGAGAAGUACGUCGAGGUUUACUGCCAGUUCAGCAAUGGCUUCAUCGCCUCGUGCGUGUACAACCUGCUACUGAUCCUGGUCUGCUGCUACUACGCCUUCAAGACCCGUAAGGUACCCAGCAACUACAACGAGUCCAAGUUCAUCGCAGUCAGCGUCUAUUCCACGCUGGUGCUGUGCCUGGCCGCCGUGCCUGUCUACACUACGGCCGUGGCUGUACUGCAGAAGGUGGCUACUCUCUGCAUGGUGCUGCUGCUCAACGCCUACCUGACGCUGGUCUGUGUCUACCUGCCCAAGCUCUACGCCGCUCGUUUCGUCAAAGAUAUUCGUGUUAUGGACUGGAGCAGCUCCGUCCAAGACUCAAGGAUCAAGCCGGCAUCAACCAUGUCUACUGGUGCCGAACAGCCAGCAACGGUAUCGUAAGUUAGCUUUUUUGCUUUGGAACGAACGCUUGCACGGAGACUCGUCAAUGAUUUCAA